GUUUAAUAACAGGGAGAAUGGACAGCUCUGUGUGUGGCAGGAUGUUGCAAAAUUCUUUUCUAAACUUUUCUGGCCCAAACCAGAAGCCUGUUCAUGACCUUUGAAGCCAAGACAGCUUCACACUUGGGUGUUUUGAAGAGCAGCCCUAUUCCCCACAGGCUUGGCUGCCUUUUUUGCUUCUUGUUAAACCCCAGUAUCCUCCCCUCAGGACACCAACAUGACUAAUGACAAAGUCAGUCGUCCCUCCUGCCCCAAAUGCCAUCGCUCUGCCAAGCAGCCAAUCCCCACAGCACUGCCCUUUGCCUAAGGAUGUUUCCCUUUGUAGUGGGACUGUAUCCCUAUUAUCCUUCUCAUCUUUCCUUUCACCUCCUCCUAUUGGCAUCCUAUGAUUCUGUCACUUAUUGCUUGCAUGUACACUGGGGUCUUUAUACACCAGAGACAAACUCCUCACGCGUCCAAUCACGCUUGGCCAAUAAAGAAUAUUCUGUUCUUUCCCUCGCAAGGACUUAAGCACUGGAAUACCCUUCCGUGCUCACUUUGCAACAGCCCUGUCAGGGAGAUAAUGUGGAGAUGACGAUUGGGCCACCAAGCACCUAGCUAGCUUCAUGUUUUGAGCUUGUCCUCCUGAGUCUUCUGACUGCUGCAUCUCACUGGACUGAAGAAGGCUCUGUGUCUCUCCUCCCAGCCCCCAGCCCCCAAUGCCAGCUGAGCUUUUUUCAGGGGAGAACUUUGCCACCAUGAAACUCUGGAGCUAGAAAGGCCUGUCUCUCCUCCUCCUCCUCCUCUCUUAUGCCUUUGACUUCUCAGCCCCGAUUUCAGUCUUAGUUGACUUUCCACAGGUAAGUCAAGCCUAUAAGCCUACCCUGUAGAUUGUCGUAAUGCAACAAAACAGAAUGUCCUUUUCUGCAGAAGCUACUUGGAAGGCAGCCUUCUUGCUAGUGGUGCCCUCCUGGGAGCAGAAGAGCUGAACCGGUAUUUUCCUGAUCGCAACAUUGGCAUCUUUGUAGCCACCUGGAACAUGCAGGGCCAGAAGGAGCUCCCUGAGGUGCUGGAUGACUUCCUGUUUCCGUCUGAGCCUGAUUAUGCCCAGGACAUGUACGUGAUAGGGAUCCAAGAAGGAUGUCCAGAUAGGCGAGAGUGGGAGAUCCGCCUGCAGGCAACGCUGGGCCCUCAGUACGUCAUGUCUUACGCAGCUGCUCACGGGGUCCUUUACCUGUCCUUCUUCUUGCGAAGGGACCUCAUCUGGUUUUGCUCAGAGGUGGAAUGUGCCACAGUGACGACGCGCAUCGUGUCUCAGUUCAAAACCAAAGGUGCGCUGGGAAUUUGCUUCACGUUCUUCGGCACGUCCUUCCUUUUCAUCACUUCCCACUUUACCUCUGGAGAUGGCAAAGUCAGCGAGAGGGUCCUGGAUUACCACAAGACCAUCCAGGCUCUUUCACUGCCCAGAAAUAUUCCAGAUACCAACCCCUAUCGAUCUAGCUCCUCCGACGUCACGAGCCGCUUCGACCACGUCUUCUGGUUCGGAGACUUCAACUUCCGCCUGAAUGAGAACCGGGAGGUAGUAGAGGAGAUCCUCAACCAUGGCCGGGACCUGGACGUCUCGUUGCUGCUGCAGCAUGACCAGCUGUUGAAGGAAAUGCAGAGCGGUUCUAUAUUUAAGGGGUUCCAAGAGGCCCCCAUCUUCUUCCGUCCUUCCUACAAGUUUGACGUUGGACAGGACACCUACGACACGACCUCCAAGCAGAGGACGCCUUCGUAUACGGACCGGGUCAUCCAUCGAAGCCGCCACCAGAAUGAGAUCCAGGCUGUGAAGUACUCGGCCUGCUUUGGGAUCAGAACCUCCGAUCACCGCCCCGUGUAUGGGCUGUUCCGUGUCAAAGUCAGGCCCGGAAGGGACAACAUCCCGCUGGCGGCAGGCCUGUUCGAUCGAGAGCUUUAUUUGAUUGGCAUCAAGAGACGGAUCACGAGGCAACUUCAGAAAAAACAAGCUCUGAAAAACCAAAAAUCCAGCGCGGUCUGUUCCGUUUCCUGACCAAACGCACCCCGGACUUCUGAGGCAAGUGAAAAGGGGCUUGUGGACCAGGCCUCCUUCGGCUCCCUCUCCGAAGCCAGGCUGGGGGUAAGGAGGCUUCAGCGGGGCCCCCAAAGCGAAGGGCUCCUUGGAGGCUGGACGCAGCUGGGCAGCCGAGGGGUUGGCUCAAGAGUCCUCCAGCGUGUACCGCUUCUUCCUUCUCGACAACAAGCCGGUCUCUUCCCGUAUCCUGUUGCUUGAGGAGGGCCCUGGAGUAACCCUGCAGGGCGUUGGCGUUUUCUGGGUUACACCAGCCGUAAACCUUUCUUAGGUUCGGAAGGCACUUCUGAGGGAACAGAGGACCACAUUCUCCAAGCCUUGUUUUGUUCAGCUGCAGCUUGGAAGUGAGUGACGCACUAAUUUGGUCCCACAAACCGCAACGUUUUUCCUAAGAAUUCCAGAAAGGCCCUUGAGGUGCCAGAGGGGAAAGGGAAGACAGCAACCCCAUGGGAGUUUAUAGGGUGGGGUUUUUUUUUUACCUUCAAUCAAGACAAACCAGCUUUCACCAGCUACAUUUUUUAAAAUCCGUUAACUAAGAGAAACUGGAAACCAGUUUCAAUCAACAUAGAGCCUUGAGCGGCUGUAAAAAUCUGUAUUUUCAACAACAAAGGCCAUUUUUUAACCGAUGCCAAUGGUUGAUGAGUUGCUAGGAAUAUUUUCCCCUCCUCAGGUUUAGUCAACCAUCAUUUUCCUGGAUUGUGUUUGGGUUCAGAAUUCCUUGAAAUAAAAGGAUGAUCCAGAACUAAAAAUGCGUCCCUAGUGUGUCGCCUGCUUCUUUAAUCUCUGCGCUGUUGAUAUACCUGUAUUGCUACCUGGAGCUAAUUUAAAUCCUCAUCAACGGGAAGUCCAGUAUUUUCAACAUGUAAUACAAGAUUCAGAACGUAAGAGAGUUGCUUGUUGUGCUGGACUGUGGCAGGGGGCUGUGUCCCACCGCAUUCUUCCAGCCUGCAACGUGGCAACUCCGUAAAGGAAA